AUGUCUUCCGAAUCCAAAAACGUCUCCCACACCUCAGACUUUGAGAUCGAUGUCGAGGAGGUCCACAUCUCAUCCCAAGCACGUGUCCUCAAGGCUGUUGAUGCGGCAAGGGUCAGCUUCACCGCGCUAGCUCUUCUUGCGAGCAUCACGGUUCUCGGCGUCUCGGCAGACGCUCUGGCGGUCUACGAUGCCACCCACGUUCCCGCCCAUUACUUGCUCCCGUUGUGGCCAGACGCCUUCGACCUGCGCCCAACAGUAGCUCUGGUUGUGGGGAGCUCAAUCCUCAUCGUCGCCAACAUAGUCUCUCUGCUCUUCAGUCGGGUCCAAUCUAGCUGGAGCUGCCGGUGGUCAGAGGUUGUGAUGGUGACAAGGCCGCACUUCGGCACUCUCUGCAAGCAAAGCAAGGCGGGCCUUUACCUGUCUGUUUUGCUUCUCCCGAUCGAAGCCAUCAUACUGGGAGCUGGUGCAUACCAGAUGAUCCUUCAAAGGAACAUCGGCAGGACCAGCAGAGUCGUUCAGGAGCGACGCAAGUCUGGAAGCCCGGUGCCGUCGUCAGUCCGUGACAUCGAAGGAGAACAGCACUGA